AUGAACUCGAUUCUAUCAGCGCCUUUCGCGCCACUGCUCUAUCUACGCCCUCGGUUUCGUCAAGACCGGGACUGGUCUUAUCGACAGGCACUGGCAAAUACUUUUAUGAAAGUGUUUCUACGCAUUUUCGUGGCAUUUCACACCAAACCACCACUUUCUCUCAAGCCAGGUUUAGAUGGAGACCGAUUCGUUGCGAUAGAGCCUGCACCACCAGAGCUCUACACCAGCAUCACAGUAGAUGAUGAGAUCCAGCCAGUGACAGUCGGAGGCACCUGGUUUCCAUCACUCUACCAAUACAACACAACAACCACCCAAGACAAGCACGUCGUGCUUCACUUCCAUGGCGGCUCCUACAUCCUCGGCGACGGCCGCACAUCCUCUUGCAAGUUCCUCGCCAACAGUUUGCUACAGCAUACACCGACCAGCCACGUCUUCAGCCUCCAGUACCGUCUGGCUUGCAACCCUAAUGGCCGUUUCCCCGCUCAGCUCCAAGAUGCUAUCUCCGCCUACUCAUACCUACUCCACACCCUGCACAUCCCGGCAUCUCGCAUCGUCCUAAGUGGCGACAGUGCAGGUGGCCACCUUGCCCUCGCCCUCCUGCGUUACAUCGGCGACUAUGAUGACGAGAAGGUCCUUCCCCCACCAACGUGCUCGUGGCUUUUCUCGCCCUGGUGCGAUGUCCCCGGCUCCCGCAGCGAACAUCUCUGGGAUAACAUUCCCAACAAGAAGACGGACUAUAUCCCGCCCUCGUUCCCUGCGUGGGGAGCGAAGCAUCUAAUCGGUAACCUACAGAUGACUCCCGAGUACGAGCCGUACCUCGCGCCGAUCUGGAAUCCCUUUAUCCUUCCUUCGCCUGUUUUGAUUGUGUCAGGUGGCAGGGAGGUUAUGUGUCAGGAACAUGAUCGGUUGGCGAGGCAUUUGAGUAAAAUGCAGCAGAAUGAAGGUCGAGUAGAGUAUUUUGUGCAGGAUCUUUUGCCGCAUGAUGUGCUUAUGGUUGCUUGGAUUCUGAAUUUUCGAAAAGAGGCUGAUCAGUGUGCUGCUAUGGCUGGGACUUUCUUGACGAGAAUGCAGGCUAUCUCGGAGGCGGAGGGUACUCAGGUUCCUUCUGUGGCUUUUGUAUCACGAUGA